CCUCCCCUGCGGCCUGAGGGCUGAGCCUCCUCUCUCCCGGGUUCCCCCCUUUCCAGCAGGUGCUGUUUGACCCUCAGCUCGCCCCACGUCCCUGCCAAAGCCCACCGAGUACUUGAGUCCCCUCUCCAGGGACAAGAGCUGGGUGGUGAGACCCCAGAACUGCUCAGACCUCCCUGACCAGACAGCAGUGCUGGGAGGGAGGAGCUCUGUGCAGGGCAGGGAGAGGGCAGGGGGAGGCUGUAGCGCACUUUAAACACAGAAUCUUUAUCUCACAAUUCUGGAGAUGGAGAGCUCAAAAAAGAGUUUUGUCCAAAUUGGUUUCUAAUGAGAGGGAUGUAGCACCGGGCGUGGGGACCCACUGCAUUUGUGUCACGAUGGGGUAGGAGGGACCAAAUGCACUGUUGCCCUGACCCUCAGGGGAGCUUGCGGGGGCUGUGUCAGGGCCUCACCCUUCCCUGGCUGUUGGCCAGAGGCGGCCCUCCGUCCCUCCCCAGGGGGCCUCUCCACAGGGCCACCCACAACACGGCCAACGGCAUCGUCACAGCGAGCAGGACACAGGGUGACAGCAAGACGGUGUCACCCUCGUGUGGGACGUGCUGUCCCUGAGGGCCAUCCAUCACGUGAGCGGCACGCUGCUCCUUAGAGGCCAGUCCCCGGGGCGGCCCCCACUCCAGGGGCAGAGCAUGCCCGGCUUGCGGGCAGGAGGGUCUCUGCAGCCCCGUGACAGGCUGCCUCCUGCAGAAAUGCACUCGGGAUGGACCGAAGACAUGCUCGUGCUUUUGCUCCGACCUCUCCUGACCUUCCUGCUCUCGCUGUGGGGGGUCAGGGCACCGCAGGUAUCUGCGGCGCUCUGACCCAGAGCUCUGUAGUCCGUGGUUCCGGAGUGGGGGAUUCUGGAAUCCCUGAUUCUCUGAAGAGGACGCAAGGAGAUUCUGUGUUGUUUCAUGUGAUCAGAAGUCCAGACUUAUCGCCAGAAGUCGAGCUGGAGAAGAUGUCUUGGGGCAUUGCAUCAGGGUCCAACUGGACAGUCAUACUGCAGGUCAUUCCUGGGUCAGAUGUUCCAAAAUGGUUCAACUUCCAGGACAGGUUUGAGAAGAGGGUCCAUGUGCCCAACACAACGACCCUGAGGAUUGAUGACCUGACCCUUGGGGACAGCGGGCUGUACCGGGCUCGAGUCAGCUACAGUAACGGAACAGAAGGUGACCAGGAUUUCCACCUCACGGUCUAUGAGCCCGUGCUCCUUCCCCAGAUCCAGGCCACGGUUCCGUCCCUCACACCAGGCUGGUGCAACGUCACCGUGGAGUGUGACACCACAGGAACCAGGGAGGGCCUGACCGUGUCCUGGGAGAGUGAGGGCCUCCCUAGGGAGCUGGAGCAGAGACCGGCCCCGGGACCAGCUCCCAACCCCUGGACGCUGGCUGUGAGCCUGCCCCUGAGCCAGCCCAACGCCAUCCUCACCUGUGUCGUCAGCAACCAGGUGGACCAGAAAACUGUCACCUGGGGCCUUGGGGACGUUUGUGGCCACAAAGCAGAUCCACAUGGACAGGUCACUGCUGCCCUAUUACGAAACAUCCUAGGAUCUGUUGUGUUCCUGCUGCUGAUCCUGGGAGCUGGACUGUACCUUUCAAAGACACGUGAGAAGAACGUGGACUCUGGGAGAGGUGCAGGAUCGCAGGAGGGGCACAGGGACCCGGAUGGUGGCAUCCACUAUGCAGAGCUGAGCCAGCAGGUGUCUGGAGACAGGAGGGACAAGGUGAGGCUGGGGGAGGAGGUGCCUGGGCUCCUCCAAGUCCCUUUGUGCCUGGGUGUGUGUCUGUCAAUCCCAAUCAUCUGCACGAUCUGGCCUGGAUGCUUCUGUAACCCUUUCCAGACAACGCAGUAUUCACUAAGAAAAUUCUCCUCGGGGCCCAUGCAGUGCUGGGUGCUGGGGGUGGUCAUGUCAGCAGCACUGGGUCUGUGUGGGUCCCUCUGGGGCGGCUCUGUCCCUCAGCUGCUCCUGGAGCCCUCUGUCUGCAUUCCAGGGUAGGGGUGCCCCUGGUCUAGAAUAGGCUCCUCCCCCUUCCCUGAAAAGAUCUGUGUUUCUGUCUCCGUCCAGCCUGUGGGCUCCCCUAGGACAAGGACUUAGCUUCCUGUCUCUGCUUCCCCCUGCUGCACACAGUAGGUGCUCAUGACCUGUGUGUGCAGGUGAGCUGAGGUGGGAAGGCUUCUUUGCUAGAAGUCUCUAGCGGCAGUUCAGUCCUCGGCCACCAGGUGGCGCUGGUGCCUGCGCUCAAGGCCUAGAGGGAGGAUGCUCAGGGAGCCUUGGGUGGCACAGGUGUUGCCCUUUGCUUGGAGACCCACCACAGGGGCAGGUCGGGGUGGUCAGCAGCAGAGAAACUGGGAAGAGCUGACAAGUCGACAUGGGGCGGGGGGACAGACGUGAAGGAGCAGUCAGGAGUGAGGGAUUCGUGGCCCAGCCUAGGACAUACGACAGAGAGAAAGAAGACAACAGGUGGAGACACUCUGAGAGGAAGGGUGCACCUGCUGGGCACCAUGAGGGCACUUCCCGCCUGGUCCCCACCUGGAGCACUCACAGCUGUGGCUCCUGCCUCAUUCCCCCUCCAGGCUGUGUGACCCUGGGCAAGUCACCCAGCCUCUCUGUGCCUCUGAUUUGUGCUGAGCCCGGUGAGGAUGCUGAUGGGACUGACCUCAGCAAGCUGUUCACAUGAUUAAAUCAAGAACCACAUGAAUUGGAGUCUGGCAUUACGUACUCAACCGGAAAUACCUAAUUUCAAAGGUAGUCUGGGGCACCUGGCUCGCUCAGUCGGUGGAACCGCGAUUCUAGAUCUGGGGAUGGUGAGUUCGAGCCCACAUUGGGCGUAGAGUCCACUUCAGAAAAAGCAGUCAGACGUUUGUUGGCUUAAAUUUUUAAAAAUUAACCACACAGAGGAAAUAAAUUGUUCUGUGUUCUCUCGGCCAGGGAGCUCCUGAGGACAGAGCUCAUGUUUACACGUAGGAUUGAAAUUUGGAGCAGAUGUUUUCAGAAUCGAAGUCUCCCAUCCACCUGUGUGUCCCACGGCCCCUCUGCUCCAGGGGAGCCCGUCCUACUUUCUCGCGGUUCAUAGUGGCUACUGGGUUUCCUCAGAGCUACACUGUGUGGGUGACGUCGAUACAUCAGUGCUUUAUGGACCGCUAGGCAACGUCAGUGCAAACGUGUGU